GCGCAAGAAUGGCUGCAAUGUUUACGUGUUGUCUGGGAUGCUGCGGAGAUGGGGGAACGGGGCAUAUUCCCCUCAAAGAAAUGCCCACCGUCCAGUUAGACACGCAUCAUAUGGGUGAGAGAAAAACUUUCUGACGGGUCGUUGUUUUAAGCAGUAAAUGCUCGAUAGAAGGCCGGUGUGGUUAGCCUAUCUUGGCUAGCUACUGUCCAGCUUGCUGUUUUUGACAACGCCGUCGUAAAUAAAAUUCAAAUAUUGAUUUGUUCUUGUACAGGCACGGAUGUGGUCAUCGUGAAGAGUGGCCGGAGGAUAUGUGGCACCGGGGGUUGCCUCGCCAACGCUCCCCUGCACCAAAACAAGAGUUACUUUGAGUUCAAGAUCCAGUCCACAGGUAAUGAUUGAACAUGAGUCCAUGUACUGUCCACCUGUCUGUCUUUGUGUGGGAGAUAAAAUGAAUAAGGAACUAUGGGGAAUGUCGUUUGGUGUGCGCGCAUCAGGCAGGGUAGCUUUGGGAAAUAACAUCCGGAGUAUGUGUAUAAUAAGUUGGACUCCCCGAGUGAACCAAGAGAGUGUGUGUGGUUCUGAAAAAAAUGAAAUUAAAUACAAUAGUAAAUGGCAGGUAUAAGCUUAAUACAACCUCCAAUUACAUAAGCUAUAAAGAAUACGGCUACAAUAGGUUAUGUGCUGCACAGGGCAAUACAACCUAACAAUAUUGCUGUGACUGCACUAAUGAAAGAUCAGACAGGUGCAGCCACACAGCACUACCAAGCAGCACCAUCAUCCUCACACAACUGCAUAUAUAUAUAUAUAUAUAUAUAUAUAUAUAUAUAUAUAUAUACAGUACCAGUCAAAAGUUUGGACACACCUACUCAUUCAAGGGUUUUUCUUAAUGACUAUUUUCUACAUUGUAGAAUAAUAGUGAAGACAUCAAAACUAUGAAAUAACACAUGGAAUCAUGUAGUAACCAAAAAAGUGUUAAACAAAUCAAAAUAUAUUUUAGAUUUUAGAUUCUUCAGAGUAGCCUUGAUGACAGCUUUGCACACUCUUGGCAUUCUCUCAACCAGCUUCAUGAGGAAUGCUUUUCCAACAGUCUUGAAGGAGUUCCCACAUAUGCUGAGCACUUGUUGGCUGCUUUUCCUUCACUCUGCGGUCCAACUCAUCCCAAUUAGGUUGAGGUCGUGGAAUUGUGGAGGCCAGGUCAUCGGAUGCAGCACUCCAUCACUCUCCUUGGUCAAAUAGCCCUUACACAGCCUGGAGGUGUGUUGGGUCAUUGUCCCGUUGAAAAACAAAUGAUAGUCCCACUAAGCGCAAACCAGAUAGGAUGGCGUAUCGCUGCAGAAUGCUGUGGUAGCCAUGCUGAUUAAGUGUGCCUUGAAUUCUAAAAAAAUCACAGACAGUGUCACCAGCAAAGCACCAUCACACCUCCUCCUCCAUGCUUCAUGGUGGGAACCACAGAUACAGAGAUAAUCCGUUCACCUACUCUGCAUCUCACAGAGACACGGCGGUUGGAACCAAAAAUCGCAAAUGUGGACUCAUCAGACCAAAUGACAGAUUUCCACCGGUCUAAUGUCCAUUGCUCGUGUUUCUUGGCCCAAGCAAGUCUCUUCUUAUUAUUGGUGUCCUGUAGUGGUUUCUUUGCAGCAAUUCAACCAUGAAGGCCUGAUUCACGCAGUCUCCUCUGAACAGUUGAUGUUGAGAUGUGUCUGUUACUUGAACUCUAUGAAGCAUUUAUUUGGGCUGCAAUUUCUGAGGCUGGUAACUCUAAUGAACUUAUCCUCGGCAGCAGAAGUAACUCUGGGUCUUCCUUUCCUGUGGGGUCUUCCUUUCGUGUAGCGGUCCUCAUGAGAGCCAGUUUCAUCAUAGCGCUUGAUGGUUUUUGCAACUGCACUUGAAGAAACUUUCAAAGUUCUUGAGAUUCUCCGUAUUGAAUGACCUUCAUGUCUUAAAAUAAUGAUGGACUGUCGUUUCUCUUUGCUUAUUUGAGCUGUUCUUACAAUAAUAUGGACUUGGGUCUUUUACCAAAUAGGGCUAUCUUCUGUAUACCACCCCUACCUUGUCACAACACAACUGAUUUGGCUCAAACGCAUUAAGAAGGAAAGAAAUUCCACAAAUUAACUUUUAACAAGGCACACCUGUUAAUUGGAAUGCAUUCCAGGUGGCUACCUCAUGAAGCUGGUUGAGAGAAUGCCAAGAGUGUGCAAAGCUGUCAUCAAGGCAAAGAGUGGCUACUUUGAAGAAUCUCAAAUAUAAAAUAUAUUUUGAUUUGUUUAACACUUUUUUGGUUACUACAUGAUUCCAUAUGUGUUAUUUCAUAGUUUUGAUGUCUUCACUAUUAUUCUACAAUGUAGAAAAUAGUAAAAAUAAAGAAAAACCCUGGAAUGAGUAGAUGUGUCCAAACUUUUGACUGGUACUAUAUAUAUAUAUAUAUAUAUAUAUAUAUAUAUAUAUAUAUAUAUAUAUAUAUAUAUAUAUAUAUAUAUAUAUAUAUAUAUAUAUAUAUAUAUAUCCACAAGGCUCAUAGCAAACAAAAUACCCACAUAAUCCAUACCAUAUACAACCACAGGGCAUAUAAGACUAGGCACUGGUGGACAUUAUACUAUACAAUUAAAUGCCAAAUGUCCGAAAUUAGAUGACACAAACAACAGGAUUAGCAAGCUUACAGUUGCUAGCUCGCGGUAAACACUCAAAUUAGCAUAACAAAGAGGAGUGCAUCCAGAACACACAAAGAGUAAGAAAUAUGAAAUCACAUUUCUGAAGGACGUACACUGGCCUUGGCUAAAACAAAGAUUUCUAACUAAAGAUGGCUGGAACUUAUCACUUGGCUUGUGUACUUUCUCUAUACUGAACAAAAAUAUAAACGCAACAUGUAAAGUGUUGGUCCCAUGUUUCAUGAGCUUUUCAAUACGCACAAAAAGCUUAUUUCGAUUUAAGUUUUGUGCACACAUUUGUUUACAUCCCUGUUAGUGAGUAUUUCUCCUUUGCCAAGAUAAUUAAUCCACCUGAUAGGUGUGGCAUAUGAAGAAGCUGAUUAAACAGCAUGAUCAUUACACAGGUGCACCUUGUGCUGGGGACAAUAAAGGGCCACUCUAAAAUGUGCAGUUCUGCCACACAACACAGAUGUCUCAAGUUUUGAGGAAGCAUGCAAUUGGCAUGCUGACUGCUGGAAUGUCCACCAGAACUUUUGCCAUAGAAUUGAAUGUUCAUUUCCCUACCAUAAGCUACCUCCAAUGUCGUUUGAGAGAAUUUGUCAGUACGUCCAACCGGCCUCACAACCGCAGACCACGUGUAACCACACCAGCCCAGGACCUCCACAUCUGGCUUCUUUACCUGCGGGAUCGUCUGAUACCAGCCACCCAGACAGCUGAUGAAACUGAGGAUUAUUUCUGUCUCUAAUAAAGCUCUUUUGUGGGGGAAAAACAUUCUGAUUGGCAGGUCCUGGCUCCCCAGUGGGUGGGCCUAUGCACUCCUAGGCCCACCCAUGGCUGCGCCCCUGCCCAGUCAUGUGAAAUCAUAGAUUAGGGCCUAGUUAAUUUAUUUCAAUUGACUGAUUUCCUUAUAUGAACUGUAACUCAGUAAAAUUGUUGCAUGUUGCGUUUAUAUUUUUGUUCAGUAUAGUUACUUCCUUCUCCUCAGAGAUCGCCCAGCAUGCAUCUGCUCCACAUCACCGGUGGGCAGAGCUACAGCUCUCCUAUGAUUAACUAAUAUUUAUUCUCCAUAGUCUUUCGUACAGGUGUGUUUCGCAAGCAUUCCCGGAAGUCUCUCUCAGAUUUGAGCUAACCCUAUUCCAAACUGUAACAUUAAUUAUCCUAACCUGCUGCGUUAAUUAUCCUAACCUGCUGCGUUAAUUAUCCUAACCUGCUGCGUUAAUUAUCCUAACCUGCUGCGUUAAUUAUCCUAACCUGCUGCGUUACUUCUCCUAACCUGCUGCGUUACUUCUCCUAACCUGCUGCGUUACUUCUCCUAACCUGCUGUGUUACUUCUCCUAACCUGCUGCGUUACUUCUCCUAACCUGCUACGAAAAAGUAACUUCCGGUCGUAGCUGUAUACCACCUAGUCAGAACCUUGAUUCCGCCAGAUGGCUCUAUUAUCCUUACGUCAUAUGUCAUUUGACGUCCUGCAUUAAACCAGACAGGAAGAGGCGAAGUGAGAGGGUUUACUCUGCCCAAAAUCUGUCCACAAAAAUAAUAAUUUUUGUAUGGAGAUCAAUUCAUGUCAAACUUGGUCAACAAAUGUAAUUGCUAAUUUGCUACAUGAGGCUUAUUUGAUCAAAUAGAAGUUCUUAAUGGUUAGGUUGUUACAAAUGUACUGAUAAGUGGAUGCACAUGGCAUUUCUGGAAUGUUGUGCCUGUUGUUCACACACGUAUCUGCCCUCUCAUUGGCUAUAAUGGUCCCACCUGGUCUUGCCUCCUCUCGUCUGCCUUCCAUCUUUGAGGACAUGUAUUUCUAUUGUUAGUGGUCACUCGACCAUCUUGUCAAUAUAAUAGAUCAUCUUUUAUUAAACUGCACAGCUGGUAAUACACUCGUGUCCCCUGGGGACCGGUUCGUACAUAAAACAUCCUCCAUUCAGGCUGGAGAAGCAGUUUCCACCUCAACUCAAUUUAAUGGCCCGCCGGCUUAAAAAAGCUUGGAAGAUAUGCGUACAGUUUCAACAAAACAAAAUUUUUCACCACAAUGCUAGAGUGGCUAAUGCUACUUCCUGCGCACUGCAUUCAUCCAGGGGUAAACAACAGUGCUUCAACCUGAUUGGCUGAACUCUGUGUGCAACAUCCGGAAAUGGUGGUGGAAUAUUGUGUUUUAUUAAGGCCGUAUGCAUAUUUCCCAUUUUUAGGUUGGCGGGCCAUUAAAUCGGGUUAAGGAGGAAAAUGAUGCCUUUGCAGCCUGAAUGGAGGAUGUUUUAUGUACGAACCGGUCGCCGGGGCCACAAGUAUUACCAGCUGUGCAGUUUAAUGCAGGACGUCGAUGACAAACGACGUAAGGAUAAUAGCGCCAUCUGGCGGAAUCAGGGCUACAGGCAGAGGGGAUUCCCCUCGGUCCACUCCAGUGGUUAUAGGGUUUACAGUACACGCCCUCUCCUGGGGGUACAUGUGUGUUGGUAGAAGUCUACACACUUACUGUCCUGAACUGCACUGGCCUGGUUACACACACAGUUGCUGGAAGCGAUACUGGAAAGCAAAAAAAGCCAGUCCAAGCUAGCAAAAACAUUGACUAGAAGGAAUACUGUCCUCCUAGUUGAAACGACCAUAUGCCAAUAUAGUUGCACCUCUGAACUUCAAGUAAAAUGGCUUGAAAACCAGCACAGUACGGUUUGUGUUGGCAAGCUUGUUUUAAAGGUUCUAACCUCUGUGAGCAGGUAUAUGGGGGAUAGGUGUGGCCACUCAGAAGGUGAACCUGAACCAGGUCCCCAUGGGGCAGGACAUCAACAGCCUUGUCCUGAGGCACGAUGGCUCGGUGUACCACAACAACGCGGAGAAGAACCGUCUCCCUGCCAACAGCCUUCCACAGGAGGGGGACAUUGUGGUGAGUGGACUGGGAUGGUGGAGCGCAACGCAGCAGGUUUCAUACAUAUGCUCAAGGUCUUUGUUAAAGCGUCAAUGAACAUGCUCUAUAACAACUCAAACAAAGCAAGGAAAGCACAUGGCGUAAUUACAACACAGCAAUAUUAUUCUCUUCUGAUAAACAAAAAGGAGUCCAACACCAAACACAUGUUCAAAAAAAGGAAUGGGACAAACUUACUUGUUCAGUAACGCAUCCAGGUUAUAUUAGGAAAAAACCAUUCUAGUCCUUAGCUUUAAAGUACACAAUAAACACGUUCUCCAAACACUACACAGUCAUGCUUCCAGUCAGAGUGGAAGAGGUGAAGCGAGAGGAUCCACUCCCGUCAGAAUCUGUCCACGCGGGAAUACAGCGAUAAGCAGACCGAUAAUGAGACCGCCCGCCUUUGGGACAACGACUCCCAUUGUUAGGUCGGAGACGAGACCAUCUCGCCAUUAUAUAUAUAUAUAUAUCUCUUUUCCAGUCCAUUAGGUUGCCACACUGAUUAAAGGCAGGUGAGGCUACUUGAGGUGUGUUGGAGGAAGUCCCACCUCUAUAGAGGUAGAUUGGAUUGGGCUAGGCCAGAGAUCUGUAUAUAAAGACUAGAUGCUCAUGUCUCCGCCCAAUGGGAGUCAUUGUCCCAAAGGCGGGAAGGCAGGCGACAAGCUUAGGUCCAAAAUAAGCCCAUAGAAACACAUUGGGCUUAUUUUGGCGAUGGGAAACCUCUCGCUUCCCCUCUUCCUCUCAGGACAGGCUAAGGGGAAAUUCAGUCAGGAGGUGUACAGGGAAUCUAAUCAGUUGUUUGUUUUCCAUCUCAGGGCAUCACAUACGACCAUGUGGAGCUGAAUCUCUAUCUGAAUGGGAAGAAUAUGCACUGUCCAGCUUCAGGGAUCAGAGGCACCGUGUUCCCUGUGGUUUAUGGUGAGUGUGUGUGUGCACACAGCUUCAUGCGCAGGGACAUACUUACUUUCUCAGGAGGGAAAACCACCAAUAUCAAACAUGAGCAAUUCUUAUUUUAUUCAUAUUUUCUUAUUUCUCUUAACCUGUAUCAACAUAAUAUAUGUUAACCCUUGCUCUCCCUUUUGUUAAUUCCCAGUGGAAAAAACAGGCGCAAACGCCUAGUAAAUCUGGGCCAAUUUCUUUGGGGGUGGUUCUAUUUUUCUGCCACAAGAGGGCAGUACGUACAAAGCUGAAACGGACAGCCUUCCUUUUGGUAGCAUAAGAUGUAAUGGCAAUUAAACACUACUGUUUUUUUGUUGUUGCUUGCACACCAGAUUUCCCAUGAGGUUACUAACGAUGAAGUGCUAAAUUGAGAUCCAGUCAGUGAGUUAUACCUGCUAAAGUACCCUCAUGAAACACUGACUUGAACCCAUGUUGAUUUGAUCUCUCUCUUCUGUUCCAGUGGAUGACAGUGCCAUCUUAGACUGCCAGUUCAGUGACUUCUACCAUACGGCGCCGCAAGGCUUCGAGAAGAUUCUGUUUGAGCAGCAGAUUUUCUGAGCAGCACCUCCUUAUACCUCCAGGCCUUUACACACACACACACACACA